GAGCUAGUCUAGUCUAGUCUAGUCUCUGGUCAGAUCAUAAAGAUGUCCACAGUUACUAUAAAUCCAGAUGUGAGUCAGUGUGUGUUUGAGUUUCUACAUGCUGAGGUGGUGGAUUACUUCCUGGAGCAACAGUCUUCAGACAAGUGCUCCCAGCCUGAGGUCAUAGAGAAGUUGGAGAGGCUGGGGCAUCGUGUGGGGGAGAGCCUGGUGGAGAGAACGUCUCGAGACUCACCUCGAUUUAGGACAGAGCUAGACGCUGUAGUGUUUAUCUGUAAGCAUUUCUGGUCCCUGGCGUUUAACAAGCCGAUCGACAACUUGAAAACUAACCAUCAGGACACCUAUGUCUUGCAUGACUACAACUUUCGUCUUCUAACACAUAUGUCUCAUUCAGAACAGUACAAAGAUAAGGCUCCACUGUAUUUAGCGUUCAGUUGUGGACUGGUGAGUGGUGCGUUGACCAACCUUGGUAUUCGAUGUCAAGUGUCUGCAGAGGCUUUGCAAAUGCCUGCAUGUAUUUUCCAAGUCAAAGUACUGUCAUAAUGUCAGUUUGGUGUUCUCCACUGAGUCAAUUGAGCAUAAUUUUUCUAUCAUUACUGUUUUAUUGAUUCUUUCCAACUAAA